CAAAACGUCCGCAACAAUGAUGUCGAUUCGGACGCUGGCGAGUCGCGUGACGGUCACCCGCGGCAGUGCCUUCCGACCCCUAAAGCAUGCAAAUGUACCGUUGAAGACUUCUACGUAUGUGCUCGCGGCGCCCAAGUUCAUGCCACCAGCGCCAUUGCGUAGCCGUGGGUUCACCAACAUCGCUCGUCGACUUGACUCGGUGAACCCAGACCAUGUCAUCUUCGGCCUGAUUGGCGCGAACGCAUUGGUGUUGUUCAUGUGGCAGACAGUCGACACAAGUUCGAAGAGACAGUUUAUGGUGACCAAUUUCACCACGUCCCCCGCGCAUAUCAUGAGUGGCCGCGUCCACACCCUGCUCACGGCGGCGUUCUCGCACGCGGAUACCGGUCAUUUCUUCGGGAACAUGCUCGGGCUGUUUUUCUUCGGGCGAGAAGUGUGUGCGAUCUUGGGUCCCAAGCGGUUCCUUGGGUUGUACCUAGGCAGCGCAGUCGCCGCGUCCCUGGCGCAAGUUGUGUCCCAACCGCUCUACUCCAGCCGCAACAGCUUGAGCCUUGGCGCGUCCGGCGCCGUGAACGCCGUCACAGCCUUUUCCAUCUGCAUGUUUCCGCACAGCACCAUCCUCCUCAUGUUUGUGCUCCCGCUGCCCGCGUAUGUGGUGGGAACUCUCUUCAUCCUUCGAGACAUUUGGGGGGCCGUCGGCGAUCGCAACACCGGAGUCGGCCACGUCGCGCAUCUAGCGGGGGCCGGCAUUGGCAUGUUCUAUUACCGGCGCAUGUUUGGCCGUCGAAGUGGGUUCCGCCGGUUUUAAACCACAAGAAACAUGAAUACCACUCUGUCGCA